AAACUGUUUGCAGGUCAAGGUUUGCAGGCGUGACCGGCCGAGGGGGAGGCGUUUCGUCGUUUUGAAGACUUCGUUUAGCCUUAUGGUCGAGAAGUGUUCUGCAGAUGUUUCCCUGACAACCCUGGCCAUCGUUGAAAACUCGUUAGGAAGUACAAUAUUUCUUCAUCUUUGGCACUGGUCCAGUCGACGCUGAGGCUGCGGGAACAUGACAGGUGUCGGCCAUCGUAGAAACAUGGCAGACUGUGAGGUGCUGCAGGCCACACAGUACAGCUACGUCACAUCACGUAACAGCACGGUGACGGAGUACGGCUGUAAGGAAGGUUACCGGCACCUGUCAGGUGACCUAAUACGUUACUGCUUUAACUCCACCUGGACUGGUGAGGCACCUGCAUGCACAGUCGACAGCGUACUGCCCAAGGCCUACCUCGUCAUGCUCAUCAUCGGGGCCACGCUGUCCGUCUUCGUGGCCUGCAUCCCCUACGACUUCUACCGCUACCGGAAGCGGAAGAAGGCCGUCCGCAAGCACCAGGAACGGCUGUCGCUGAUGACACGCAUUGCACCCGGUCACGCCAAGAUGAUGACGGAGAUCGUACCUGCGGAACAGCGCCUGCCAGCCGGUCAACGCCGCUUUGGCUUCCGGUCCCUCAUCAAAGCUUUCAGGUUCGUGGCCGACAAGAUGAAGACAACCAACGGGGAUGAGGCGCUGGGAUGCGGAGGAGUGGACGGGGACACCACUACGAGCAGCAACAACGGAGGGCUGUCGACGGGGGGCGCUUACGAAGGAGGAGGCCCCAAGUCCCCGCGGUCUCCUCUGGUCGCAGCCGCAUCAUCCUCGUCCCCCAACCCCAACGAAAGCUGCAAGGCUCAAGAGCGAAUGUCCGCAGUCAUCCGCUUGUGGACCGGCGGCCGAGGGUUUCCGGCAAGGGCCCGCUCGCUCGACGCCACGGACGACCACUUACCGCUGUUCCCCAACAAGAGGAACUCGCUGGCCAGCAACAAUAACCCUUCCGCCAUCUCCACCGCGGCCACCUCGGCGGCCACUGCUGCCGCUGCCGCCACGGCUGGUUCGGCCCUGUCGGUGGAUAACCCCAAUCGCCGCCCGUCAGUGGUGGAGGAAUUUCCAGCGGCGGAGGAGGAAGAGAGAGAACGCGCGACAGACAUAGAUCACGUAGUCGACAUGAGGGGCGUGGCCAUCGCCGCCGCGGAUGGGUGCGAGAGCGGAAACGAGGAAGCAGGGAUGGGUCCGGAGACCGCCGUGGGCCCACCACCCAGGGCCCUUCGUAUUCCCAAGUCCAGUUCCGCUCGCUUUGUGCAGCUGACGGCCUCUAUCCCUCUGCACCGCGACCAGCGCGAAGAUGGGGCGUGCGUGGGGGGAAAGUUCAAGGUCAAACAGAGAAGCUCGACUGGGGGCCUUUACGACGGGUCAUUGUCGUCGCCUUCGUCGUCCUCAUUGUGGCAGGAGCGUGGACUACGACCUUCUGUCUCAGCUGACCCCAACAACAGGGUCGCGGCCUUGACUGAGGUUAACGUGGCCGCAUUCAACGACGAAAGGUUCGAAGGCGAGAGCGAGGGCAAGGCACCAGAGCUGGUCAGCCCCGAACCCAUGAUCAUCUCCCCGCAAGUUUCCAGCCCCUCCUCGCAGGGGACCACCUCCCAAGACUCGGGGGGCAAGAAGUGGUGCAAGCGCAUGUCAACGACAUCCAGCGCAACCACCGACGAGGCAGACAUCAGCAGCUGGGACGGCGGGCCGACCAGAGCCGACGUCCAUUGACAGGAAACAUGAAGAAACACGGUGAACGUUCGUCAAGUCCUCAGAAGUGAAAUCUUUCGCAGGCGAGUCGUGAAAGGGAGCGACAUGCGCUCUCCCGCUUUUUCCCUGCAACUUGCAUCACCUUGGUGCAGUCUAGAUUUUAAGGAGCCGGAGAGAGAAAGAGGAGAUGAAGAUAUGAGAUGUCUGACAGACAAGUAUUUUAGAGAUGCCUGAGAAAGAUAGGAGUCGAAAAAAAAGAAACACGAAGGAGGAUGAAGAAAGUUUAUAGACGGGUAUUUCAAGAAAGUAACACGAGAGAGAAAGAAAGGAAAUGAUUUUCAGACGAUAGUUUUGAAAGUAAAGGUACAGAGAAAUCGCUGGGUGCGAGGCCAUAUGGAAACUCUGCACCCAAACAACAAAAGCGUGUAGAAAGGUUAUCCUUACGACAGAACACACUCUGACGGUUUACAAGCUGGUCUUUCGUGAAUGUGUUUUCACUUACAAAAUUUUUUGGAAGACUCGAGGCAAGGAAAGAAUCUACCGCCAGAGGUAAGAGUUUUUUCCAAAAACAACAACAACAAAUUUGAGAGACUCUACCCGCGGAAGUGGCAUGUGAGGUGGUCUGCAAGGACACCGCAGAUGUAUUUUCACCCCCAUUCCAAGUCUUUCAGAAAUCUUCUCUCUUUGCUUUGAGGGAAGGAACUGUUGUGUACAGUUACCACUCUUUGUCAUGAACUUAAGAAGUUUAGUAAAAUAAAGUAGCUAAACCCCCAAAUCUACAAAUAAGUGUCAGAAACAAAGCAGUGUUGUAAAAGUUUACUUUCUUACUGGAUCCGUUAGUUUCAUGUGGAGAUUUUCAGAAUUUGUAUCAACAUUGCUACUCAAAAGCUGGAUGCUUGUAUUUCAAAGCAAAAAAAAAAAAC